CAUUCUAUCCACCGCUUUCUCCACAACAAUCCAAUUCUCAUUUAUCAUCUCAAACAUUCAAAACUUCACAAUAUUAUAAGAUGGCGGCCAAUCCAAAUAAGUUCUACUUCCCGUAUUUCCCUCCACCCUCACCACCUCCUCCAUCCGCUCCAAGCCAAUCAACCCCGCCACCAGCAGCAGCCCCGGCGGCAAAGCCUCCAAGUCACUCAACCCCAGCACCACCACCCCCGGCUGCAAAGCCUCCAAGCCACUCAACCCCACCACCACCACCACACCACCCAUUCCGUCCACCUCCGCCUCAUGUUCGCCCUCCACCACCGCCACUGCCACCCUCACCAUCCCCGGACAAUAAUCCCACCGUCAUAAUCAUUGUGUUCAUCUCAUUGGGUUCAGUUUUCUUCCUUGCAUUCCUUGCAUUUGCUCUACUUUGUUGGAUUAAGAGAAGAAAGAAGAAGACAAUCCAAGAAACCGACAUCAUUCAUAUUGACAAACACAGGAAGAUCAAGGAGAAAAUUGUAGAAGGUCCCUAUGGACCACAAGCUGUGGUAUUAUCAGUUGAAGAUGAUGUCCAUAUAGACGAGGAGAUAAGGAAGAAUGAGACAAUUGGCCACAAGGGUUUGCAUGGAAAAGUAAAGAGCUCAGAUGUCCAAGCAGAAACUGAGAUCAUUAACUUCGAUGAACAUAAAAAGGUCAAGGAAGACAUAGUAGGAGGUCCCUAUGGAUCAAAAGCUGUGGUGUUAACAAUUGAGGAUGAUGUUCAUAUGGACGAAGUGGUGAGGAAGAAUGAGAGAGUUGGUAAAGGUUUGCAUGCUGCCAAUGUAGUGGCACCGAAAGAUGAGCCUUCAACGAGUUCAGAUAUUGGCCAAUGACAUCUUGCACACAUAGUCUUGUGUGCACAUGUAUUGGAACGAAGUCAAGAUUAAUUGUAUGUAAUUAAUAAAGAUUCAUCACUGAAAAGUGAUAUAUAAAUUCUUUUCUAAUAAGAUGGAUCAGUAAAAUUCUCUGCAUAUGUCUAAUGCGUUGUGUAAUGUUCUUAAUUGAAAUGAAAGGAGAGUUAAAUGUUUGUUUGUGCCAAAA